AUGCUUGAGGAACUGUAUGAUCUUCUGAAAGUCAAGAUCGAAAAGGAAGAGUUCAUUUGCGAUCUCUGCAACAAGGGAUUCGCAAAGAGUUAUCAACUGUCCUAUCAUGUGAAAACGAGACAUCAAGAUGCCGCUUUUGAAUGUUCUACUUGUGGCAAGAAAUUCAAAACCACUCGCCAGCUAGUCGCCCAUACGCGCUGCCAUGCAACGAUCAAAAAGGAAAAGGAACUGUACCAGUGUGAGAUCUGCAAAAAGGUUUUGGGUUCCAAACAAGGCCUGGUCAGCCACACGAAGAGACAUUUGAAGAUCUACGAUAUGACGUGCGAAUUCUGUGGAAAAGGCUUCUUCUGUGCUGGCAGUCUUCGAUUGCACGUCAAUUCCAAGCACACUGGCAAGUCGAACUUUGUUUGCAAUGUCUGUAGCAGGCCUUGCUACGAUAAAACUGCCUUGAAGAAUCACAUGGUAAAGCACACGGCCGAAUACAAAAACAGAUCCAAAGUGAAAUGUACCCAAUGUGGUCAGGAAUUUUUGGACGACAAAUAUCUCAGAAUCCAUUUGAAGAAAAAGCACGUGCCAGACAAUCGCUUUGUUUGUGACCUGUGUGGGAAAAAGUUGUAUUCCAAAAGUGGACUUGUUGAUCACAUGAACGUACACAAAGGCCUGAAACCGCAUAAAUGUGAGUUUUGUGGAAUUGGUUUUGCGAAUUCUACAACACUGAGAUUGCAUGUUCGACGACAUACCGGCCAUAGGCCUUAUAAGUGUAAGUUAUGUGAUAGAGCCUUUAAUCAGAGCCAUAGCUUGAAGGUGCAUCUUAGGCUGCAUACAGGCGAGAAACCCUUUAGUUGCAAUGUAUGUGCGAGAAGUUUUGUUAGUACUAGCGUUUUAAAGUCUCACAUGAAAUGUAAUCACAAGAUUGACUAA